GUGCGGCGGCGGCGGGGCCGGGCCGGGCCGGGCGGGGGAGAGCGGGGCGCAGCAGCUGCAGGAGCUCCACGGGGCCGCCCGACCCAGUCUCCUUUCCUGCUCUCGAGGGAGGCGUUUGGUGCUGCUCGCUGCCCUCCGUGCUGGAGCUCGUGGGCGCCGUCAGCGCCUGCUCGCGGAGCAGUGGGAGCGAGGAACAAACCAGCCGGCAGUUACCUCUGGUGACACUGAACUUUGUGCUGUUGCCUGACGUGAGCCCCGCUCCCUUUAACAACGCAGUUCCAGAACUUGCAUAAGGCGCUUUCCCAACGCCAUCGUUUGAUCCGAGCGCCGAGAGCGCCGCGGACACGCCGUUGUUGGGCGUGAGGCAGGAGCUCCGCGGUGCCUGGUGCACACCUGCCAAGCCUCUCUGAUCGCCAUGGGGGACGCAGGCAUGGAAGCGACGAUCGCGCCUCCUGAGGGCAGCGUACAGCAGGACUCCUUCUUCAGCAUGACCGACGUGUUCCUCAUCUCCCUCAUCACCGGGCUUUUCACUUACUGGUUCUUCUUCCGCAAGAAAAAGGAGGAGAUCCCCGAGCUCCCCAAAAUCCAGACGGUACCAUCCUCACCGAGAGACAGCAGCUUCAUUGAGAAGAUGAAGAAGACGGGACGAAACAUCGUGGUUUUCUAUGGCUCCCAGACGGGCACGGCGGAGGAGUUUGCCAAUCGCCUCUCCAAGGACGCUCACCGCUAUGGCCUCCGCGGCAUGGCAGCAGACCCAGAGGAGUAUGACUUGUCGGACCUGAGCCGCCUCUCCGAGAUCGAUAAGUCUUUGGCUGUGUUCUGCAUGGCCACUUACGGGGAGGGCGACCCCACGGACAAUGCCCAGGACUUCUACGACUGGCUGCAGGAGGCGGACGCUGACUUGUCGGGUCUCCGAUUUGCAGUCUUUGGGCUGGGGAACAAGACGUACGAACACUUCAAUGCCAUGGGGAAGUACGUGGACAAGAGACUGGAGGAGCUCGGAGCUCAGCGCAUCUUUGAACUUGGGCUGGGAGAUGACGAUGGCAACCUGGAAGAGGACUUCAUCACCUGGAGGGAGCAGUUCUGGCCGGCCGUGUGCGAGCACUUCGGGGUGGAGGCUACAGGAGAAGAAUCCAGCAUCCGCCAGUACGAGCUCGUGGUGCACACGGAUGUGAACAUGAACAAAGUGUACACGGGUGAGAUGGGCCGUCUCAAAAGCUACGAGAACCAGAAGCCACCAUUUGAUGCCAAGAACCCCUUCCUGGCUGUGGUUACAGAGAAUCGUAAGCUGAACGAGGGCGGAGAGCGACACCUCAUGCACCUGGAGCUGGACAUCUCCAAUUCCAAAAUCAGGUAUGAGUCUGGGGACCACGUGGCUGUGUACCCGGCCAAUGACUCAUCUCUGGUGAAUCAGAUUGGCGAGAUCCUGGGCACGGACCUGGAUACAAUCAUGUCCCUGAACAACUUGGACGAGGAAUCCAAUAAGAAACACCCCUUCCCCUGCCCCACGUCGUACCGCACAGCCCUGACGUACUACCUGGACAUCACCAACCCGCCCCGCACCAACGUGCUCUACGAGCUAGCGCAGUACGCCACCGACAGCAGCGAGCAGGAGCGUCUCCGAAAAAUGGCAUCGUCCACUGCGGAGGGGAAGGCUCUCUACCUCAGCUGGGUGGUGGAGGCCCGGAGGAACAUCCUGGCCAUCCUGCAGGACAUGCCCUCGCUGCGCCCCCCCAUCGACCACUUGUGUGAGCUCCUGCCCCGCCUGCAGGCCCGCUACUACUCCAUCGCCUCCUCCUCCAAGGUUCACCCCAACGCCAUCCACAUCUGUGCUGUGACGGUGGAGUACGAGACCAAGACGGGGCGGCUGAACAAAGGGGUGGCCACCAACUGGCUCAAAAACAAGGUGCCCAACGAGAACGGGAGCAACUCUCUGGUGCCCAUGUACGUCAGGAAGUCCCAGUUCCGCCUGCCCUUCAAGCCCAGCACGCCCGUCAUCAUGAUCGGACCAGGGACUGGCAUAGCCCCCUUCAUCGGCUUCAUCCAGGAGCGGGCCUGGCUCAAACAGCAAGGCAAGGAGGUGGGCGAGACGGUGCUGUACUACGGCUGCCGCCGCGAGCGCGAGGACUACCUGUACCGCGAGGAGCUGGCCCGCUUCCAGCAGGAGGGCAUCCUCACCCAGCUCAACGUCGCCUUCUCCAGGGACCAGGCUGAGAAGGUUUACGUUCAGCACUUACUGAAGAAGAACAAGGAGAACAUCUGGAAGCUGGUGAAUGAUGGAAAUGCUCACAUCUAUGUGUGUGGGGAUGCCCGCAACAUGGCCCGGGACGUACAGAACACUUUCUACGAGAUCGUGGCUGAGUAUGGGAACAUGAGCCAGUCCCAGGCCACGGACUAUGUAAAGAAACUGAUGACUAAGGGCCGCUACUCUUUGGACGUCUGGAGCUAAGAGCGGGGCUGGUGGGGCCAGGGAGAGAACGGGUCCCCAGGAACGGGCCUGUGGGAGGCAGAAGGUGCCUGCCCGCCCGCUGCUCCUGUGGGUGACAGCCUCGUCCUCAGCCUACAGCGACCCCAGUGUCACCCCCAGCCCCUCCUGGGCUGCAGCCGUCUCCAGGGCAGGCUGCGUGUCCCAGGGGGUGGAAGGGGUUGAGAGGGGCAGGGGGGUGGCUGGGGCUUUGUCCCCGGUGUUCGCCUUGGGGUUGGUGACAGCCGACGCCGGCAGGAGGGACAGGUGGCACCGGGGGAGCUCUGGGCUCCUUCCUGCAUACGAGGUGCUGCCUUAUUCCCGGAGCUGCUGCCCACCCUCGCGCCAGGCAGGCUGGAGAUGGCAGGGGGUGGAGGAGCCGGGCAGCCCCCCCGCCCCCCGCCCCCCGCCCUGUGCUGAGGGUUUGGUGCGAGGGCACGGUGUGGGGCAGCGACCUGCUCUCGCCUCCCUCCCACCCUGUUUGGCCACCUCUAGGACUGGAGCCGCGGGGCUGGCAGCCGGCUUCGGGCGCAGAGCUGCCCCGUGCCAUCACCAAACGACAGCAGGCGGCUGCUCUGAGGAAAAGGCAGAGCCAGCACCCAGCCGGGGCCAGCUGGGACCCCGCAGGCACCCCUCUCCUUCCCCUGCUGCCCUCCUCUGCUCCAGGGAAGGGGCGGCUCCUGUCCCCUCUGGAAGAGACCUGCUCUGGGGUCACGGCUGCUGGGGCCCUGCUGGCUCCCUUGGGUCCUGCAGCCGCUGGCUCCCCUGUGCCCAGCCCCUCCGUCAUGCGGUGUACGCUCAUUUUUUAAAUACUAUUUUUAUUUUAACAUCUUUGUGAUUUAAUCAUGGAAAAAAAAAAAAAAACUUUCAGGCUUU